AUGACUAUACUUACAUCUCGAAGACUUCCACAGCAACAAAGGAACGACUGGCGAGACGAAUUUCACGCCAAGGGCUACGUCGUAAUUAAAGACGUGAUCCCAGAAGACCGCGCAAAGGCGUAUCAACAAGAAGCCUUCAGCUGGCUCAAGUCCUUCAGCACAGAACUCGACAUCGAGAACCCGGAUACAUGGACAAAGGAGAACCUACCAAUCCAAUCUAAGAUAAACUCAUUCCCCAACUAUGCUGUGAUGCACGAGAAAUUCUUCUGGGAAGCCCGACAAGAACCCGGCGUCCUAGAAGCAUUUUCCAGGCUUUGGGGGACGAAUGAAUUAUUGGUCAGCUUUGACAGUUUGAAUGUGACAUUCCCCAAUCGCAAAGAUGUCCUGCCAAAAGCUGCCUGGCAGCAUGUUGAUCAGAGUCCCUUUCGUAAGGGUUUGCACUGUGUCCAGGGGAUCAUUAAUCUUUCUCAUGCUGGACCUGAAGAUGGGGGUUUGAUGGUUUAUCCUGGAUCUCACAAGUUGUUUGAGCAGUUUUUUGAAAGCCAGACCGACAAAGAUACGUGGAGUAAGAACGACCUAUACUUGUUCAACGACGAACAGCUGAAAUGGUAUGGGAUUCAUCCUCACAAGGUCUGCGCUGAGCCUGGUGAUCUCAUUUUGUGGGAUAGUCGUCUCAUUCACUAUGGAGCUGAGCCGACAGACAAGAGUAGUGUGAUUCGCACUGUUAUCUAUGCUUCUUAUACUCCGGCUAGCUUUGCUUCUAAGGAGGCUCUAGCUACCAAGGCUGACAUUUUUAAGCAGUGGGGUGGAACUACUCACUGGCCGCAUGACAAUAUCGUGCCUAGAGAGAAGAGGGCAUUCAGAGAGGAUGGCACUCCCGAUCCUAGAAAUCGAGAGGAGCCGUUGAACAAGCCUGAAAUUACUGACCAGGUGCUGAAAUUGGCGGGAGUGCUGCCGUAUUGA